UUUGAACGUAUCUGAUGAAUCACUGAAACUUAUUCAGGGUUUAGGGUUUACGAUUUCAGAAUUUCAAAAACAAGUAAAAAUCAUCAGAUCUGAAGAAAAAUAUUACUGAAAAAUGUCUCAUAAUCAACAACAAAGACAGCAGGAGCGGCAAAAUUCAUCAGACGAGGAUAACAAUAGAAGAAGAGAAGGAAAUACUGACGAGAUUUCGUUUGAACAGUUUCUUGAUGGAUGGUUGGCAAGACAACAGAGGUACUUGGCUGAACUAAUACACACCAACGCUAACGCUAAAGAAAUUCCAGAAGAAGAAUUAAAAUCUUUAAUCUCAAGAGUUCUUGGUCACUAUCAACAAUACUACGAAGCGAAAUCUACCGCAUCGCGCAGAGAUGUAUUCGUGUUAUUCUCACCGCCAUGGUUUAGUACAUACGAGCGUACGUUUUUAUGGAUCGCAGGAUUCAAACCGGGGCUACUUCUACGAAUCUUGAAUAAGGCGGUUAAAGAUUUGACUGAAGAUCAGUCGAUUAGAGUAAGAAGAAUAGAUACGGAAACUAAAGUGGCCGAAAGAGAAUUAAAUCAAGAAAUGGCAGCGAUUCAAGAACGAGUAGUAUCGCCGGGACUAGUUGAUUUAGCAAGACGAGGAGGGAGAUUAAUUGAUGGAGAAACAUUAGAUAGGGAUUCAGAAUUUCAAAGCUUGAAAGAAGCGAUGGAAGCUGUAGUUGUUGCUGCUGAUUAUCUGAGAGUUACGGUAACUAGAAAACUCGUCGAGGUAUUGAAUCCUGCUCAAGCAAUAAGUUUCUUAACUGCAGCAACUCAGCUUCAGGUAAGGAUUCGUGUUUGGGGUUCGCAAAUGGAACGGCGGAGAACAAACUGAUUUUGCUGAUUGAGUUUUUGACACUUUCUGCUGAAGGAAAGGAAUAUAUAGCUGUCGCCGAAGUGGUUUUAGAUUUUCUAAGGGUUCAGGGUCCUGAGCUUAAUUAGGAUUAGUCGGUCAGUGACGGUGAGGCUGAGAUUUUAUAUAUAAGCUUCUCUGCUUGGUUUUCUCUUCUUUUCUUUUUUGGUGAGCUUUUUCUUUCGACAUCAAUGGUCAAGAUAUAUCUUAUAUGGCACUCCUACUUGUGGAAAUCUGAAAAUUGUGAUAUAUUGAUAUUGCUACACAGGAAUAAGAAAAAGAUUAUUAACUUGUACCAGUUAA